AUGGACAUCGCUGACAACUGCCUGUCCCUCUGUCCCUCUCAUUUCUAUCCUGCAACUCCAUGUACACCUUCACCGUACUACCUUUGCUCCGCCGCUGCAUAUCUGCCCCUGCCCCAUCACCAGAUCGUCACUGCCGAACACGAGCGAGAGCAUCAAGAUGCGACAGUCGUCGGAGGACUCAAAGGGGCUGCCAUAGCAGCAAGUAUCAUCGCCCCCUUCCAUCUCGCCAUGAGAAAGUACUCCACAGCCUAUAGAGCCAUUCCGACUCCUCUAAAAGCAUUUGGUUUCGUCACGGUUGGUGUCUUCACCAUCAACUUUGCGGCCGAAAAGUCUGGAGAAGCAUACGAUCAAUCUCAAUGGUCAGGCGCAGGUCAGAACUCCAUCGAUGCGAAGACAAAAGCUAGAGAUGCACAGUGGGAGCAGAUGGGAAUGUUGGAGAAGGCUGGGGACUUUGCGAUUCGUUGGAAAUUCCCAUUGAUCGUCGGAUCAUGGGCCGGUGUUCUCGGUGGUUCAUACCUCUGGAUAUCUCGGAAUAAAGCCAUGACUGUGCCACAGCGUCUCGUUCAAGCACGUAUCUAUGCUCAAGCUUGGAGCAUCUUGUGUGUCAUUGCGGCUCUAGCACCGAUCGGAACGGCAAACGAUAAGAAUGGACGAGCAAUAUCCCAUCACCACCCUGCAGAGGAUCACUCAUGGAAGGAUAUCAUUGCCCAGAACGAAGCUGCUGCCAAAGUCGAAGCUGAGAGACGAUCUCAAGAGUCUGAUCCAACGGCCGUUCUUCGGGCCAAAAAGGUACCGGUGGCGCAAUAG